AUGUCGGCCAGUCCACGCCGCAGAGAACCAGCAAAUCCAGUGGCGACGGGUGCGGGUGCCGAACAGAUCAGGUCCUUCUCCGACACCGACAAGACGUCUAAAUACGAGGUGAUUAUCAUCGGAGCAGGCGUAGCUGGACUCUCGGCGGCGUAUCGAAUCCUUACGAAGCGUCCUGGGACAAAACUGCUCAUGUUGGAAGCCCGAGAAAGGGUGGGUGGGAGAGUACAUAGCGUAGACGUAGGAAACGGAUCUGUAGAUUUAGGAGCUAGCUUUAUCCACGGCGUCAAUGGGAAUCCUAUUAUGGAGUUAUCCAAGAAGCUGGGAUUCGAGGUCACUCCGAGCAGGAUGUCCAUGCGCGCAUUCAUGCCCGAUGGCUCGUUGGUGCCCCAGGAGGACAUUAUCCGAGUUGGCCCACGCAUUUUUGGCACAGUAUUCGAAUGGCUCCCUGAGAUCUCUCAGGGCGCGUCGACUGAGAAGGAUAUCCCAUCCGACGUGGAGAGCCUUGCCGACCGGGUAUUCAGCAAAGAUUCGCCAAUAUACGCUGACACCUCCGAAGACGCCAAUACGGAGAAGAAGGACGAAGUUUUCAUAGCGGAGAGUACUAUUCGCAACUUUCAAGGAUGGACUGGAGCACCCUUGGACUAUGUGAGUCUGAAAUGGUGGGGGUUCAAUAAAGACACCGAAGGUGGCGAUGGCCUGCUGGUGAAAGGCUACGGUCCUCUUAUCCAGUGGAUGAAGGAAGAGAUAGAGAGGUUGGGAGCCGUAAUACGACUUGGCGAGGUUGUGGAAAUGAUCUCGACUGACGAGGAAUCUGGCGUCGUCGUUCAGUCUCGUCACGAUAACGACACGACGAGAUAUGAAGCAGAUUACUCAGUCAUCACGCUUCCUUUGGGCGUUCUAAAGCACGACCCGCCAACUUUCGAUCCUCCUCUUCCCAUCCGAAGACAGCAGUCGAUCCAAAGACUAGGAUCUGGGUUGCUCGACAAGGUUGUACUCAUAUACGACAAGCCCUGGUGGUCGGCAGAGGAGUUGAAGGCAGGCCAGAGUCCGGCCCCGGCGGCGGACGAGGACGAGGACGAUGAAAUGGGAGACCCGAUGAUAAAUCUCCUUUUACCCUCCAAGGAUAACCCAACCCGGUUAAUGGGCCCAUCCGGUGGUGCCCCACCCAACCACAAACCGAACCUCCAUCCCGGAGCCUUUCCACCUCGCAGUGCCGAAUAUCUCCAACAGAAUCCCAACGCAUUGAUGAUUUUCGAUGUCCAUGCUCAGAAUGGAGUUUCGGCUCUGAGCAUCUUUGUCGCUGGAGAAUGGGGGGACGUAAUGGAAUGCUGCUCCGAAGAGGAAACGCGUGCAUGGGCGGAAAGCGUAGUCAAGGAUUAUUUCAAGGAACUCGUCUCGGGAGAAGUUCCUUCUCCAAGCAAAGUUCUGCGGACAACGUGGAGGGAGGACAAGUUUGCAUAUGGCAGCUACUCGUACAUCCCAGCCGGUUCGACAGCUAACAAGAACCUUGGACCAGCUUCCCCAGUAGAUCAGUUAGAGGUGUCGAGGACGUUGUGGGGUCGGCUGUAUUGGGCUGGCGAGCACACGGAGCUCAACCAAUAUGCGAGUGUUCAUGGUGCUUGGUCGAGCGGCGUCCGCGAAGGUGACAAAGUCCUUGUUCAGUUAGAGAAUAGGGAGUAG